AUGCAACAGUUACCUCGCGGACAUGUUAUUACCCCGUUCGAGGGAGGUAACACGUGCUCCGGACCUCUAAUCGUCCAACAGACGCCCCGCGUUCCGGCCGUCGCGCCCGAUUUGUCACGCACGCGAUGCCGCGGUCUCCCGUUCGACCUUGACUUCGCAUUCAUCCGAAAACCACAGUGGCUUACCGCCCUCAAAACACCACAUAACUCCAAUAGCAACACGGAUAAGGUUGAAUUUGAGCCGAAUAGGAUUUCCACGCCGCUAGAGCUGUCUUUGCUAAAUGUCCAGAUAAUGUUGAGCUCUGACGCUGACGCAGCCGAGAAGACGCAGAGGUGGUCAUUCGCUGGUUUCGAGCUUGUGAAAAGAUGCACCGACAAUUUUCGAUGUUUGUAC